UUCUGGACGGUCACAUCUGUCGUCGUCGUCGUCGUCGUCGCUGUCCAUGGUGCUGAACUCGUGCUCCAGGAAUGGUGGAGACGCUGAGUAUCGCAGUCAUCGGUGCUCCCGGAGUGGGGAAAACUUCUAUAAUCCGCCAGUUCAUCUAUAACGAUUUCUCGGAGGUGUACACGCCGACCAGGACCCGGUAUGUGUACAGACCCUCCGUCAUCCUCAACGGCAUCAUGUAUGAGCUGAAGAUUCUGGACGUCCCGCCAAUCUCCUCCUUCCCCUCCAGCUCCAGUCAGGAGUGGCUGGAUUUGCGCUGCAGAGGUGUCCGCAAUGCCAACGCCUACAUCCUGGUGUAUGACAUCUGCUGCGUGGAGAGCUUUGAAUACGUCAAGAUGAUCAGGCAGCAAAUAGUGGAACACAGGGAAGGCAGCAGCAGCGAGGUGCCGAUCCUGGUGGUGGGCAACAAGAGAGAUCUGCAGCGGCAGCGGUUCAUGCCUCGCAGGGCGGUGUCCGUCCUGGUGAAGAAGACCUGGAAGUGUGGUUAUGUGGAGUGCUCUGCCAAGUUCAACUGGCACGUGGUCCUGCUCUUCAAAGAGCUGCUGGGCAUCGCCGUGUCACGAGGCAUGCGCCAGAACCACACCGCCAUCCGGCUGCAGGGGGCGCUACAGAGGAACCGCUGCACCAUCAUGUGACCCCGAGAGCUCUCUCCGGCCCUCUCGCCUCAGGAGUGGAACGGAAGUGGAGAAUAAAAUAACUUUAUCUAAAUGGCUGGAAAAAUACCCUGUGGCCUCCUGCUUUACUGAGCUGAUUUUUCACAAGGAGGUUUAUUAGUCUCUUGCGCUGUAAAAGACACUCAAAUGUCACACAUGGUCAUCCAACCACUUCCUCGUCAGAUUCUGCCAAAUGUGUAAAUGAAAGGAAGGAGGUGGGAGAGAACGCAGUGGGAACCAAUACAACUAGCAUAGCACAGUAGUUCUUUGUCACAUCAAGACAGCUACUCACUUGAGGCUGUGCUUCCCAAAUGAUCCAGCGGCAGGUCUUCUUGAGGGUUGCCUGUUUGUGAGGCUCAAACCGGAGAGGCAGCAAUAUCAUGGAGUCUUCCAUUGGAAUGUGUAAUAUUCAUUAAGGUCAACAACAGACGCUCAUAUCUGACUUAUUAAAAUGGUCUUUGUGGGUUAGUGGGGAAGAUGAUGAGAAUCAUUUGGGGCAAAAAAUAGUCAAUGCUUCACUUCUGGGGGGGAUUAUCCGACAGCAUCCACUCAUUAUGAGAUGGAGUUUAAUUUUAGAUUCUGAAAAGUAGCCUGCAUUUAUUUUUGUCCCCGUUUCAAAAUUGGCCGACGGUGAAAGCUGUUUGUUCAGGCAAAAGGGUUUUUAAGGUUGUCUUGCUACAGAAAAUGCUGCAGUCCCUUUUGUGAUGUACAGUGGGGCUUUAAUCUCCCCCCCCCCCCCCCCACACUCAGUGUCUGUUUCUGAUGAAUACAUUAAAUCCAGGGAACUGGCGACCUGCAGGAGGCUGCAGAGCCUGAAAAUAGAACCUGUGCAUGCAAUUUGGAUGUUUAUAUGUGUGUGUGUGUGUGUGCGAGAGAGAGAGAGGGAGGGAGGGAGAGACAGGGAGACAUGAUUGAUAGCUGACAUUCAGGCAAGCAAAGGACAGACAGCAAGAUAAGAGAUCAAUGUCGAUACUGGAUUAUGAAGGAGCAAUACAAUCUCACGGUGAUGUCCUGGCUGACUAUAUGUACCCCCACAUUAUAUUAAAAAUGCCUCACAUAUAGUAGAUGUUAUCCACUCCUAGAUAUCCUGCAGAAAUAAGGAGGCAGAGCUUAAUGAUUUCCACAAAACACGAGUGAAUCACAGACACGGGAACCUGAAUAAAGCUUUCAUAUCAGUAUAUCUGAAUAGUAUCAGAAUUGGUCAUGUUGUGAGAUUAACAGUUGCUUAUUCAUAUGAUUAGGCUCAGUUAGUUUGUGAACAGGGCUGAACGUAAGCAGACCUAUUGUAGAUAAGUGAUUCAUGGAGUUAUUGACUUGCAUGUUUUUGUUGGUAGAGCCAGCGGGUCAGGAUUUAAUUGCACUGAUGUGAACAUUUGAUAUUGUGUUUAAUUUUUGUAAUACCUGUUUUUCUGACACUGUAAUGAGCAGCUGCGUGGAGUGAAUGUAGUUGUCGUUCACUGGCAUGUGAUGUGAACACAAGCUCAUGAUUUUUCUCCGAGAUGUAGUGUUGAACCCUUCAAUCAGGGCAGAUGGUGUUUGUUUUUUUCUAGUAAAAAAAGAAAAGAAAGAUAUACAGUAUGUAGCAGCAACUGUGUGUAGCAUGAGUUCUCAUCAGUGUGUCUGUGUGCGUGUUUCCAAAUAAAAAGGGCUACUGUUUUUUAUCAGGAAUAUUACUUGUUUUUAUUUUUACUGUAAUGUUACUGUGAGUAAUCCUGUUUUUUUAUUAUAUUAAAUGCAUUUGAGCACAGCAACCUUACUCUGUGACUUUACAAUCCUGUAAUACAAUUGCGUCACAUUGGGAUCAUUUGGACAACAUUGCCACCCGGUGGUAAAGCGAUGCUAUCAGCAGCCAGUCAGAGACAUCAAGCAUUGAACCCAUUGCAGUUAUUAGAUGUUUACAAUGCAUUGUGUGCACUCAACAUGUAGGGUGGCAGAGUGAUAAUAAGAUUCAAUAAUAUACUGUGAAAGCAAAUAAUAAAAUGAACUGAGUAGUUAAUCUCCCUCUCCUGUGCCCAUAUUAAAACCAGUUAUGGAGUCGAGGUCAACACGUUGUUAUUGUGCCCUUAUCAAUCCCCUUCACCAUAUCUACGGCCCUGCCUGCAAAUGCGUGUGUGGUCAUUUUGAUUAA